CAUUUCCGCAUUUAGCAAUAUAGCCAUUCCGAAGGCCCGGAGGGAGGAGGCUCGAGUCGUGAAAUUUGGAUGCAUAAAUACUAGAGCUUCAUCCUUUUUGGAAUCAACCUUCUUACCUGUCCUACUCUUACCUACAAGCACGGCACACUAUCCGCGACCAUGUUCUGCAAAACCGCUCUUCUCGCCCUCGCUCUUCUCCCAUUCUCCCUCGGCCAAGUCACCGAUGACUUUGAGGCCGGAUGGGAUGAGGCGGCAUGGCCGACGUACGCGCCUGAUUGCAACCAGGGCGGUAAAGUGAGCCUCGAUACUUCUACUGGUCACAGCGGUAGCAACUCUAUAAGGGUCGACGGCGCGGGUGGUUUCUGCGGGCACAUCUUCUUCGGCACGACACAGGUUCCCAGCGGCGACAUCUACGUCAGAGCUUGGUUAAAGGCGUCCAAGGCCCUAACCGACUCCCACGUCUCCUUCAUUACGAUGCCCGACUCCGCGCAGGGCAGCGGCAAGCACCUGCGCAUUGGCGGGCAGAGCAAGAUCCUCAUGUACAACCGCGAGUCCGACGACGCCACCCUGCCAGACCUCUCUCCCCAGGGCAUCGCGGCCUCCACCGCGCUCCCCACCGGCGACUGGCAAUGCUUCGAGUACCACGUCGGGACUGACGGCACCAUCGAGACGUGGCUGAACGACGAGGCCAUCGAGGGACUCACCAGCAAGGCGGGCGUCGCUAACAGCAACGCCGCGCAGUGGCAGAGGAGCAGUGUUAUACCGAAGCCUACUGCUAUUUACUUUGGCUGGGAAUCGUACGGAGGCGAUACUAACACGUUCUGGUACGAUGAUAUCGCUGUUAGUGAUGCUAAGGUUGGAUGUACUUAGGUGGAGCUGUUACCCCCUUACCCCUGAACCCGCCUAGACAAGUUGUAUAUUAGCCUAAAUAGGUAGAGGGAAAGGUGCACCAAUUAUAACUUUAUAUGCCAA